AUCUGAGUAGUUUGUGAUCAGCUGUUCUUAGCAAAGUUCGUCAGAUGUUUGUUUUGACUAGUAUGUCACAUCGUACCUGGUACCUUAGUUUCAGAUGAAUUUGUGGAUACACGAGUAUAAUAGGUUUGAUUUUUUGUGUUAAAAACAGCAAAUUACUGGCAUUGAGGAUGUGGACACAUGCAUGGCCAUUCUCACACAACAGGACUGGAAUCUUGAGCUGGCUGUCAAUACUAUCAUGCAUGAUGAACCAGUUACAGAGGUAGAUGCCAGUCCUGGUCGUAUGUCUGACAUAGACAUCAGUCACUCUAGCAGUGCCCCAGAACAUAUUAGUCCAGUUGUUAUCGACGAUGAUGCUUCAGCAUCAGGACCCUCCAGUUCUCACAGUUUUAGCAGUACCCGCAAUGCAAGUCGGAUGAUACACUUUAAUGUAGAAUAUCGUCUUCGCAAUAUCCCUAUUGUUUUACCAGAUUCAGAAACAGUUGGCAAAAUCAAAGAGAUGAUACAGGCAGAGCUAGGAAUUCCAGUUGACAAGCAGCAGUUGAAAGGACUUGUUAAGCGCCACGUAGACGACUCUGUUGUAUUGCAAGAUCUUCAUUUACCAAAGGAUAAUGUCUUGUACUUACUGACACCAGAUCUAUGCAGUCCCACAGAUAAUACUUCUAAUGUAGACAAUGGCCAGGUGUCUCAUAGGAAUGAUGAAUAUAGACUCAAAGUUGUCUAUCGUAAUGGAUCCUCAUAUAGAAUUUACAACUUGAAUCUUAAAGGUAGCAAGACCAUUAAAGAGGUUAAACAAGAUGUGUAUUCUCUAACAGAUGUCCCAGUGCGAUACCAAGAGUGGAAGGGAUGGCCAUUGGGAGCUAGUGAAGAUGAGAGUCUGUGUUCUUGUGGUAUAUCAUUUCCCACUCAUGAACUGGAGGUAGAGAGAAAAGUAUCUACAACCCUAGAGCAACACCCAGUGCCUAAUAAUGAGGCAUCAAUGGAGUCAGAAAGUGAUGAAGAAAACAUGGAUAUUGCAAAUGAUGAAGAUUUGUUUGAAGUUCCAUCAUCUCGCCGAAUUGCACCUCUCAUUUCGCCUAAUGCUCAGACGGAAGCAGAAGCUCUAGAACAGUUCACACAUGAGUUUUCUGAAAGGUAUGGUGAAAUUCAUCCUGUCUUCUACAUUGGUUCCCUGGAUGAUGCGAUUCGAGAUGCUUUACAAGUAAAAGCAACAGAUCGUAAAUUGUUGGCACUUUAUCUACACCAUGAUGGCAGCAUCCAAGCAAAUGUCUUCUGUUCCCAGCUUUUGUGUUCAGAGAGUGUAGUGAAUGUAUUGUCAGCAAACUUUCUCACUUGGGCUUGGGACUUGACUCAUCCUGAGAAUAUGGUCAGGUUUUUAACAUUAGCUACCAAACAUUUUGGAAGCAUAGCUGCCAGCCAGAUUCGUAGCUACAGAACUGAGCAGUUGCCAGCACUUCUCAUCAUUUCCCGGUCUAAAGCCACUAAUGAAGUCAUUGACGCCAUUCAAGGUCAUGUGACAUUAGUUGAGCUGAUGACACGAUUACUUCAUGCUGUAGAUGUCUUUACAGAACAAAAGGAACUCGAUAUUGCUGAGGAGCGAGAACGCAUGGACCGUGAACGGAUAAAAGCUGAGCAGGAUUUGGCAUACCUAGAGUCUUUGGAGACAGACCGGAAAAAGGCAGAGGCAGCGAGAGUUGAAGAGGAGCGCAUACGCCAAGAGAAGGCCAAAGAGCAGGAACUCAGGAAGGAAGAGGAGAGAAAGAGACUGAAGGAAGAAGCUAUAAAAGAGGCUUUUCAGGCAUCUGUAGCAAAGUCGGUGCCCGAAGAACCAGCUGAGGAUGCAGAAGGUGCUGUUUCAAGAUUACGAUUCCGCGUGCCCGGGGGAGGUGUGAUCACCCGUAGUUUCUGGUCUGAAAACACUUUGCAAGAUGUCUUGAAUUUUCUUACAGCGCAAGGCUUUCACACAGAAGAUUACAAAGUUAUCACAACAUAUCCACGGCGUGAUAUCACACAGCUUGAUUCAACUCAGACACUUCAGUCAGCAAAACUGUUCCCUCAAGAGACAUUAACCUUAGAGGAAAAAUCAUAGAGUUAUUAUCAACGUUUUCAUGAAUGUCCGAUGCUGUUGCCACCAUAUUUUCAUGAACAUUGUUGGAAGAGUCCUCAGCAUCAGAAUGGAGCCUUGUGUGCUCAGUUGCCUCCCCUACUGUUAUUUGCUUGAUGUUCUUCAUGCCAGCUAGUUUUCUCCCCUGACAUUGUGGCCUCGUGAAACAAUGCGUUGAUUGUUGUGCUAUGUCAGCGAUCAUCGGUGGGAUUCAUGCUGUAUGACUAGUAAACAAGGAGUGGCUGUUGGCAUAUCAUAGCCAUGGGCUGCGGCAUGAAGAACAGAGCUGUGCAGGGAUGCCUGUGGCAAUUAGUCCUGAAUGUCGACCAUGUUUUGCUGAGAGUGCUUUGGCAUAGAACAUUUUCUCUGAUGAAAUGUGCACUGCAUUGAAAUGAUGCCUCAUUUCAAGAUGAAUUUUAAGAAUUCAACUGUGGUCUAGCAAUGCAAUCCUUUUCUUAAAGGAUGUCUUGAAGGACAGCUUGUGCUGCUUGUGUCAUGUACACCUGGCCUAAUUUGAGGAUAGAUCUUUGCCACAUAAGGCUGUUGAAGUGUAUGAUGUCUUGAAAAGUUGAUUAAGUAUGAGAUUUGCUUUCAAGAUAGUGCAGAUUGUGUUUAUCAUUUUAGGAGGAAAACAUAGAAUGGCGGUAUCUUCACACUGCCAUUUCCUGUUUUUCUCUACCCAGGUUAAGAUCCUUAACUCUGGGAAAGCUGUCAAGUUAGCACAUUAGCCAUAGCUUUCACACUGCAUCUGGGAAUGGCAUUAUUUAGCACCAUGUCUGUAUCAUUGCAUUUAACUGCAGAACAGCUUAGACAUGGCUUAGUCUUAAGCAGGGUCCAGGUCUCCUUAUAAUAAUAUGUAUGUCUAAAUAAGCUGGGUGAAUGGGUGUCUGAAAUGUGCUGCAUGCGAAUUAUAUUUUGCUUGAAGUAGGUUUUAUUUAUUUUCCCUGUUUAUUGUUAAAUUGAGUUGAUUUUAUGGUUGCCCAGAGCCUGACAAAUGUAUUUAGAAUUGCAAGUGCAUUUAGUAUUUUCUAGGCAGCAACUUUGGAUUCUGAUUGAUGAAUACUAUGGUUUUGCUUUCUUAAAAAAAAAUACCUAUUGCUGAAGAUGACUUGGAUAAGUUGCAUACCAAUUUUGAGAUAAUAUCUGUAGUCUUUAAUAUAUGUUUUUACCAUAUAGAUCAAAUGGUAACUGUUUCCACCCAACAACAUGUCUAAACUUUUGCUCCAGAUGAUGUGGUGGCCAUUACAUGAAUGAUCCCAAAUCCAGAACAUACUGGAUAGGUUCCUUUGACCAACUGGAAUGUAACUUUUAACAAAUAACUGGAUUUAUUUUAUUAAUAUUCUUUAAUUUUCUGAACUCAUGGUGAGUAAUCAACUCUAAGUUUGUGGCCACAGUUUUAUGAAAUUGAUUGUUGAUGCAAGUGUCUUCUAGACUUGCCUGACUUGAUACUAUUCUCCAAGGUAUGCUUUGGGCAUACGGUGUUACAGGAUUUGACUAAUUAUUCAAUUUUUGGGAUCCACAAAACAGUUCAGUGAAAACAAUCUCUAACUGCUUUUCAGCCAUUGUGAUUACACAAAAUAUAUCUUUUAAAAAGGUGUGCUAAAAUAAACUGCCGUCUGUUUUGCCACUUCAUGCUUAUUUAUAAUUUAAAACACUCAGAUUGUCCUAUUAACCAUCUGUAUCUAAAAGCGGUUUGUUCACCAUCUACACUACACAUUAUUGUAAAAGUCCUAAAAUAUUUAGCAUUUUCUGUUAUCUAAAUUGGAAAUGUAAAGCUUAUUGCUCAUUGCCACUUCACCUGCAGACCAAUUAACAAACACACCUUUCAUAGUCCUAGCAAAUUUUGUAGAACUGUGGAUGCUUAUUCUAUGGCACCAACUGUGUAAAAAUUAUUUUACAGUAUAACAGCUUUCUUUAAAUUAAGAGCACUUUAGUAAUGAGGCCGUGUAUGUAUGUGCUGCUGGCUGAUAUCCAGAUAAAUGUGUUUUUUCAGUUACGUUUUUGAUAAGAAUACUUUCAUGUAUGCAAGCACAUUUUAUUAUUAGGAUCUCAUGGACUCCACUGUCUACUUAUAUUGGGUUUUGACUAAACAUUGCCAAAGACAGUAAAGUAAAAACUUGCUUAAGUGAGCAGUUGAGUUUGCCUAGAAAAUUGUGUUAACAGAAGAAUAACAAAGAGAAUACAGAAACAAAAGGAUGAAAGUAGAUUUUUAGAUAGCCAAAGCUUUUAACCUGCAAUUUUGGCAGGAAAUGUAAUUAAUAAGCAGGACAACCCUGCUUUAAAGAAAAAAAAAUCUGUCUAGUUAUAAUAAGAGCAAUUGAUGCAUCUAAUCUAACCCAUGCAAUCUGAAACAAUGAAAAAUCUGCACUUUAGUGGGUCUUUUUCUUUUUGCUAUGAAUCUUUAAGGCAUGUUUGGGUUCUUUUUUUGGUCUAGAUACUAUUUAUGCAGUUGAAUAAUGAAUCAAACAAUAACCUUAAUUUCUUCAACAGAAGACAAUUUUUCAAGUUUUUCUGCUCAGUUUCCUCCGUUUUCUUAGAAAUGUCACAACUUAAAAAAGAGAAUGGAUAGAUGGGUGGAUGGUAGGGGCUAAAAGUCAUCAAUGGGUGCCCUAGUCCUGUGAACAAGUGCCAUAUUCUGAGAGAAAUGAUAUAGCUGAAGGCAAGAUCUGAAUUGACAAUCCUCACAUUAGUGCCAAGUGCUUUACCAUGGCACCAGCAUACUGCCAUGAUGAGUGACUUUAUUCUAUUAAGUAUCUUUAAUGGUUGGGUUAGUUGUGGUUUAUUGCAAAGUGGGAACAGCUUACACACAGUAAGAUAUGUUGGCUACAGAAUCGUGUCAAGAUCCUGUCUAAAUGUUUGUGUUACGGUGUUAUGCUGUGAAAUCUAUAAGUCUUCAGAGGCUACUUGGUACAGAAGCAUACAUUGUAUUAGGGAGAAAAGCAGUUCAUGAUGUUCCUCUUGUCUGUUCAGUUACAAAUGCUUAUAUUAAAAGCUUAAAAAACUUGGA